AUGCCAGAUCAAAAACUACCUACCCAGAUCCCCAUUAUGUUGAGAACUGGACAAGAACGCAUUAUCGAUUGCGAAAGCUUGUCAGAUAAUUCUGAAGAAAUUUGUAAUAAGUUGAAAGAAGAUGGUGCCCAAAUGACGGUUUAUUUACGAUUGGCGCUAUAUUUCAAUAUUAAUAGAAAGGCUCCUAAUGUGGCUAUUGCAAUUCUUAAGAGAGGACUUUCCCUACCGCGCGGUUCUAACGAUGAAAAAGUCAGAUUAAAUAAUCUAUUAGUUAGCUUAUAUUAUAAAAUGGCAAAAAAUACAAAAGACAAACAACCAAAAUCAGAUUUGCUAAAUGAAGCGAUUAGGCAAUUAAAUACUGUUUCCUCUCUCAGUGCUCAAAAUCCAAUAACUUGGGUCGUGAAAGGUUUUAUAUUCCUUGGUCGAAACGAUCCAGAUGCUGCUUAUACUGCAUUUAAAAAUGCAUAUAAUCUUGCAAACCAUAACAUUCCUGCAUUGUUUGGCAUGGCUCGCAUUAAGUAUCUUCGUCAAGAAUAUAAAGAGGCUCUUAAACUUUAUCAAGAAAUUUUACGAUUAAAACCUGAUCUCACAGAACCUGAUCCGCGUGUUGGUAUUGGCCUCUGUUUUAAUAAAUUACAAAAUUUUGAUGAAGCUAUCGCGGCAUUUGACAGAGCUCUCGAAUUGCUUGAUAUCUCUAAACAAUACGAAGAAGUUGGCGCACAUGAUCGAUUAACCAAUUUUGUUUCUGCAAUGAAUCGAGCAAAUAAAGUCCUUGAGAUAAAUUCUAGCCAUUCCAGUGCAUUGAUUUUACUGGCACACGGUUUUUUCUUUCAGAGAGAUUUCGAAAAUCUCAUCACAGCCGCAAGACGUGCCGAGGAACAUACUGAUUCGAAACCUAUACUAGCUGAAGCGCAUUUUCAUCAAGCUAGAGCUUAUCAUGUUAUGGAGGACUAUAAAAAAGCCCUUUACCAUUAUACUCAAGCUAUUAAUUACAAUGAAAAUCAUUUGCUUGCAAUUUAUGGCUAUGGCCAGAUGCUAAUAAAAUUCGGGCGUUAUGAGGAAGCCAAAAUCAUAUUUGAGACAUUGAGGCGUCAAAAUCCAAAUUUUCUUGAUGUUGUAACAAUCUUGGCGAUUUUGGCUGCUAAUACUGCCCUCGAAGAAACUGAUUCUUCGAAAAAAGCGAGCGCUUUUGAAGAAUUUAAUAAAAUAACACAAGCUAUUAAUGAAGGCUCAUACGAUAAUCCAGAAAUAUUUAUAGUCAAAGCACAUGCAAUUGAAGGCAAAAAUGCUUAUAAAAGUCUCCAAGCAUUAAAAUUGGCUGAAUCUAUGUAUAUUAAAGCCAAUGAACCAAUCCCGCUUGAACUGUUUAAUAAAAAAGGCAACUUGCAUUUUAAACAGGGUAAAUAUGCGGAUGCGUCUGAAUGUUAUAGAGAAGCCUUGAAAAAAUGCGAGCAGCUUCCCUCUCCGCAAUCGGAUGUUAGAAUAACUCUUUUUUAUAAUUUGGCACGUUCUUAUGAGGCCUCACAUAAUUUUAAGGAGGCCCAGGAUUUAUAUAGUCAAAUUAUUAACGAGCAUCCUGCAUUCAUCCCAGCUCGUUUACGUCUAGCUGCAAUUGAAGAAUUCCAUGGUAACAAUGCAAAAGCCAAUGAUAUUUAUAAUGAGAUCUUGGAGUUUGACGAGAAUAACGUUGAGGUUCGCAAAAGAUUGGCAGUAAAUCAACUAAGACAGGGUGAAAUCCAUGAAUCUCGUAGAAGCCUUGAGAUGAUUCAUUCAGAGAAUAAACAUGAUAUAGUUGCCUCAACUGCGUUAGGUAGUUUGUAUCUUUUCAGAGCGAGAUCACGUAGGCAAGAUAAAGAAGCACGUGAACUAUCAUAUAAAAGGGCCGUUGAAUAUUUUCAGAAAGCCCUGCAAAAAAAUCCGAAAAAUGUAUGGGCGGCUAAUGGAAUAACGGUUGCUAUUGCGGAGUCUGGUAGAUUUAAAGAAGCAAAAGAACAAUUCUGGAAGUUAAAAGAACAUAAUCCUGUACCUGAAAUUACUAUUAAUUACGCUCACGUUUGCAGUCAAAUGAAUGAGCAUGAGACUGCUAUUCUUUCGUACGAAGGAGUUUCCAAAAAGUCACAACAUAAAGAUGUGUCUGUGUUAGAAUGGAUUGGUCGUUCUUGUUAUCUUUUGGCUAAAGAGACAAAGAAUUUAAAUAAAAUGGACGAAGCCUUAAUUUGGACAGAGAAGGCCCUAAGACUUGCACCGACAAAUAAACUUAUUGUACAUAAUGUCGCUCUUAUACAACAAAGCAGAGCACAAUUAAUUGGUGAACCAGGAGUAGUGCGAUCUUCAACAGAAUUGAUGAGUGCCAUUGGAGAUGUUGAAUUUAAUGAUGGGUCGCCACACGUUAAUUUUGAUAAGGAGGUUUUAAAUCAGCGUAUUAAUUUUGGACAUUCUACUAUGGAAGAAGAACGUAGAAAAAGAGAAGAAAUGGAAAAAGCUAUAGAGAAUCAAAGAAGAAUUGAUCAACAAUUACGUGAAUACACCGAAAAACAGAGUGAGGUUUGGGGAGAAGAAUCUAAAAAACGUAAAAGCAGAAAAUACAUAGAUUCUGAUGAUGAAGAUCCUGAACCUUUUCAGAAGGUUUGA